GCUGCGAGGCGAGGGGGUUCCCGCUUCUCUGACCAGGCCUGGGUUAGCUGAGGGAGGGCAGCAGCUUGCUCUAAGUCUCGCUUUUUUUCUUAUUGCUCUUAGGUUCCCGAAAUAGGGGAGGUGUGUUUUCAACCUGUCUCAGUUCGAUGGUUUAGCUUACAAGCUGCAAGGAAAAGUGGUUGGGGCAGGGAACAGCAAGUGUUUCAAGUCCUUCCGUUGACGUUGCUGUCAUUAUUAAGCUAUAACCAGAAAAAAAGGAAAGUGGUCUGUCUAACCAGGAAAGUAGGCUGCUGUUGCCUCUCAGCAUCAAAUAGUAAUGUUUCUUCUUCCCAGAGAAAAGCCUAUGAUGUUAACUUAAAAUGAUACCUUCAUCAACGGAUUUGCUCCCCUCAAAAUAGGGAUAUAGGGCAACAGGUCUGUAACUAUGUUAAGUAGCAUUAUUUUUUAUUACUUCUGAAGCAAAGUAGAGCUUGUGUUUGCUACUUAUAGGUGACUGUGAAGAAAAAGCUAUACUGAUUAUUGUCUGAAACCAUAGCUGGAGGAAUAUUUUUACAGAUGUGAACACUUACUUAAGUAAUACCUUUCAUUUCCCUCACUUAAGCCACUCAUUCCUCUCAGAACAACUUUUUUCAGUUGUGUUAGUACUGUAGUGGUUGGAGCUGCAGAGUCAACUAGUUUGGGGAAAUUAAGAGAAGUCCUUUUUCUUUUUUUUCUUUUCUGUUUUUUCAGGUUAUUUUUGUUUGGGAUCAGUUCUUGGGUCUGGUUCAUUCUGCAGUACUUGAAACAAUUUUGCUAGUCUUGAAACAGAAAUGUUGUGAGAGAGAAAGGCAAGGCUUCCACUGAAAGAAGUAUCCGUCAAAUUUUGUUCUGUAUGUGUGACAGUAGAUCCAGACACACACACACAUAUCUUUCUUGUAAAUGAGGAAGUUACGGUAACCUACAGAAUGUUCAUAACAGAAGAAAGAAAACUAUAAAUAGCCACAAAUGCUUCUUUACAGAAUGAAAUUCCUACAGCUACUGUCCAGGAAAUCUGGGGGACUGGAAAUGCUUGUUCAAGUGCAUUUUUGCCAAAAGCAAGUCCCAUAUAUGUGCCUGGCUACCUCUACUUGCCUUUAUAGUAAGAAGAAAAAAGUGAAUGGUUAUGAACAAGUUGAUCAAGAAAAAUACAAGAAUUUGGUCUGCUCUGUGACAUCUUACAAAACCAGCACCCGAACACCAGAGACAUUAUUUGAAGAAGACAAUUUGUUAUGUGGGCCGGCAGAUAAACAUAGAUCUCCAGUUAAAAACGUUGAAACAAAAACUCCAAAGAACUGGGUUCCUCUCAUAAACCGCAACAAAAGAAUUCCACUUCUAGACGGUGACUCAAACCUUCCCCUGAAAAUAGGCUUACAAAAAACCAAAAUACCCAGUGUUACCAGUAUUCUUCAACAGACUAUUCCUCCGCAGCAAGCCCUUUACCUAGAAAAAUGGAAACAGAAAAUGAUACUGAAACUUGGGAAAGAUGGUUUUGCAGAGUACACUAAAAAUCUUUUCCUCCAAGGAAAGCUCUUUCAUGCAACUUUGGAAUCUAUAUUUCUGUCUGAAGAGAUGCCAACUAAGGGGCAAGGAGAAGACACUGCUAUUUCUGGCUAUUUAUCAAGUGUACAACAUGUCUUAAAAGAUGUCAGUGAAGUAAAAGCUCUGGAAAGUGCAGUUCAGCAUGAGAUUCUUCAAUAUCUGGGCCUGGUAGACUGCGUGGCUAAAUAUCGAGGCCAGUUAUGUGUGAUUGACUGGAAGACUUCAGAGAAAUCAAAGCCAUCUCUGCAGAACACUUUUGACAACCCAUUACAGGUUGCAGCAUAUAUUGGAGCCAUAAAUCAUGAUGUUAACUAUGACUUCCAGGUUAGUUGUGGACUCAUUGUGGUUGCCUAUAAGAAUGGCUCCCCUGCACAUGCACAUUUCAUGGAUCCAGAUCUGUGCUCUCAGUACUGGAAUAAAUGGCUUCUGCGCCUUGAGGAAUACAUGGAAAGAAACUGAUCCAAACUAAGCUGUACAGAGGUGAAUGGUCUGAGCACAGAGCCAAAGCACCUUGUUCUAAUCUUAUCUUCCAUUUUAAUACAUAUUCUUUUUUGAACAACCUGGGCUAAUUUCUUUAUCAGUUUUUUUCUCCUUAAAAAAAAUAAUGGGAACAGGGAAAAUUUAUUUGCCUAUGUUGCAGGUGACUUAGGUAGACCUGGCAGGACAAUGCAGACUUAAUUGAUCCCUGUUUUUCCACACACACAGUUUAUACCAUCAAUAGGAAAGUUUCUGUAAUCUGAAAGAUAGAUUUAAAUAAAACUGUUCAGUAAAAAUCA